GUGGAAAACCCUGUAAUGUACAAAAGACCAGCAGGCGGCGCUCAUAUACAGCUGCGAGUAUUUCCCCACUGCCUAUCACCGCUUAAUGUCAAACGAAGAAGAAAGAUGUCCGCCUGUAGAAUUGUCCGCUGCUGCUUUUCUUCCAACUUUUCCCCGGUUUUGCCUUUACUUGCACGCUCGGCACCGCUUCCGUCUCAUCGUUUAUGUCCCAAAUCGUUCUUCCUCAGAAGCGUUUCGUCGUCGGGCCAGUUGUCAGCAGUACUUAAAUUCACCGACAAACACGAAUGGAUUCGGGUAGAAGAUGGAGUCGGGACUGUCGGUAUCAGCAAUUUUGCUCAGGAGGCCCUGGGGGAUGUGGUUUACUGUGGACUGCCGGAGGUCGGAACGCAGCUGGCCCAACAAGACGAGUUUGGAGCUCUGGAAAGCGUUAAAGCAGCCAGUGAGCUCUUCUCCCCGUUGACUGGAGAGGUGGUGGAGGUUAACGCACUGCUGGCUGACAAACCAGGCCUGGUCAACAAAUCUUGCUACAAAGAUGGUUGGUUAAUGAAGAUGACCAUUGCCAAGCCUUCUGAGCUCGACUCUCUGAUGGACGAGGCGGCCUAUGAGCGGUACAUCCGCUCCAUAGAGGACUAAAACCCGCUCCCUCUUUCCUCCUCACAAACGCUCGGCGGACCGCUCUACCAGUGUUGGGAAAAUGUGAAGAAUAGCUGCUGCUAAAGGCAUGCUUACUUUCAGGGACCAGCCAGUGUUUCGUUCUUGCAGCCUCCAAAAGAGAAGACGAGUCACUCUCAAGUCAGUCCAUUUGUUCCCUGAUAUUUCAGUCAAGCAGACACAAAUGUCCUGGGCAAAAAAGCACUUUGAAUUUGUAUGUUCACUGUGGACAUCUUUUCAAUAAACAUCAUGAUUAACAUAUUUUUCUGAUUGCUAUUAGUUUUUUGUUUUUUUUAGAGCUUUCACAAGUAAAAAUCAACACUCUUGUCUUUUUACUAUAUUUGCCACCAUUUAAACAUACAUGUUACUGUAUUUCUGUAUGGUUUGAUUUAUACUGCAGGUCUAAGUGGCCAAUUUUGAUUUCAUGCCUACGCAGCAGUGUCUUGUCAGUUUGUUUUGCGUUGUGUUGCAAGCGAGUAAGCUUCAGACUUUCUGCCACAAGGUGGCAGCAGGGAACUCCACAGCAAUCCGGGCCACUGAGUGGUUGGUUACCUUUCAGUGGAAGUACAGGUAUCUGUUUAUUUGUUUUCUCAUUUAAUUUCUCUCUCUCUGUGUUAAUGUUCUCAAAAUCUGGCUGUAAAAUAUCAAGUUGAAUGUCGGAAUGUCCCAGUCACAUUUUUUGCACCAGUCCAAGUUACUUUGGUCUGCUGAUAGAGAGUCUUGAUCUGAUAGGCAAUAUAUUGAAAAGAAAAAAAGAAAUUACAUCCAAAUUGUUUUAUUUGAAUAAAGGUAUCCCAACAUGA